AGCCGUUCUCUUCGCCAUUCUUCAUACACAUCACCGCUUGGUGAGUCCCCCCCCCCUUGCCGCGUCGCGUCUACGGCACGCUGGGGAGAUGCGAAGAGAGCCGACAGAAAACACAGCCAAACCUCCAAAAAAAAAGGAACGAACUAAAAACAAGCAAACAAGCAAACAGGCAAACAACCAAGCAAGGCGGACGAAAGAAAUGCGCGGAAGCAGCUCGACCCCUCCUCCCCGACAACAACAAAACCGAAAGAAAAAGGGGAGAAGGAUAAUAUUAAAAGACCCUCAUGGUUGACCACGACGAUGCGCGCUGCAAUCGUACAACAGGAGGGAAAGCGGGUUUGGGCAUGUAAUUUUUUUUAAAAAGAAGAGUACCCUCUCGUAUGUUCAAGGAAGCGAAGAAAGCGACUGCUGUCGGGUAGGGCAAACUUAUGCUAUUCUUUUUAUAUGUGUUUUCUACUUCUCCUUUUCUGCUGCUUCCCUUUCUUCCUUCUUGUAUUAUUUCUAUUAUUGUCUUGGAUCACAAUAACACAUGACGAGCUUUUCGCAGCAUCGCUCUUCCAGCUUACAACAGCAACAGCAACAACAAAGGAGUUUUAAUCACCAACGAUUGCGCCACUGCCAAAUCUACAUUCUGUAUUUGCAGACAUCUUCCUCACACGAGACCACCUCCCGGCCUGUUCUUUUUUUUUUUAAUAUUUCUUUCCAGCAUCAUGGGUUCCACCUGCUCCAACAUCAAGGCAUCGGCGAAGGAAGAUGUCGACAAGGGUAAGGACGACUUCGAGAAGGACGCCGACGCGCAGCGCGCUGAGUGGCAGAAGUCCGGUCAGGAGACGGAGAAGGAGAUCAAGGACAAGGUGAAGCAGCACAGGGACCAGUUUGAGAAGGACGCCGACGCGCAGCGCGCUGAGUGGCAGAAGUCCGGUCAGGAGACGGAGGAGAUCAAGGACAAGGUGAAGCAGCACAGGGACCAGUUUGAGAAGGACGCCGACGCGCAGCGCGCUGAGUGGCAGAAGUCCGGUCAGGAGACGGAGGAGAUCAAGGACAAGGUGAAGCAGCACAGGGACCAGUUUGAGAAGGACGCCGAGGCAAAGCGCGAGGAGUGGAAGAACGACGGAGAGCAGAAGCUGAAGCAGGAGGUAGACAGUAAGAAGAAGGAGUGGGAGACAUCUGCGAAGAACAGGCAAGAUGAAUUUAAGCAGGAUGUGCAGAACAAGGUGCAUGAGUGGGAGAACGCUGCCGAUCAGAAAUUCGACAACGCGAAGCAGGACGCACAGGAGAGGCUCGACAACGCGUAG